CCGUUGAUAGGGUGAUACGGAGUAGCAGUAAAGAAGUAAGGCUUGAAUCUGCCAUUCCUCUCUCCCGACAGUUGCGUGCCGAGGAGGGCGACGGCUUCGUCGGGCCGGAAAAAGUACAGCUUCCCAUCGCCCUCGCACUGGGAAUUCUCCUCGGGCGGCCACUUGAUUAACCGCAGCGAUCUACUUUCUGAACUCCUCAAGCGAGACGGCCUUCUGCCUUCACCAUGUACGGAAUGCACAGAUGGACCGUGCGUAUUGGAUCUGGCAGAAGCUGGGCGUUUCUAACCCUCGGGGUCUUCCGCCCUCGUUCGUUCUCUCCAAUCUCCAACCCUUCACGCCAUCCGGUGUGAAGCAGACCACGCUAUCCCCAACGACCCCUUACCCGUUGCCCAACAUUUCCGCCAACGCUUCCUUCCCGCCGCCGCCGACAGCGCCCUUCCCGAAACCGAAGUUCCCCCUGCGUACAGCGAGCAAAGAGCGGCCUUCCCUUCAGCUAGUCACCGACUUCGAGUCGAGCCAAGCCCUGAAGAUGCGGUUCCAGGCACCGCAGCUCGGCGCCAUGGGCGUGACCUUCAGUAUCAUGCGGGCAUGCCAAUUCGCGUCGCUGAUUGCUGUCAUUGGGCUCUGCGCCAACUUCAUCAACGAGGUCGCUGCUGCUGAGCACAACCCUCCCUCGGAGCUCAUUGGCACUCUCACAGUGGCGGUGACAGCGGUGGUCUAUGUCGUGAUCACCUACAUUCUCUACUAUGACAGCAUGCUCCCGCUGCUCCUGACUGGCAUCCUCGACGGCUUGCUUCUCAUCGCCUCCAUCGUCGUGGCCUCGCUCGUUGGCAAGCCCCUGUCGAUGCUCAACUGCAAGGUACUCCCAGUCUCGUCCAACUUCACGUCCACUGCGUUCUUUGCGUCCGUCGGCUACCCAGUCCGAACGAGCAUCAUCACCAGGACGCUGUCUUACCUCACCUUCGUCACGCUGGACCAGCCAACCUGCUACGAGAUCAAAGCCGUCUGGGGCCUGUCAAUCGCGCUGUGCGUGCUCUUCGCCUUCUCCGGCCUCGUCUGCGUUGGCCUGUGGCACCGCAUCCGCCGCGGGGCUGUCCCGAAGGAUAUCGAGGCCCCUCCAUAUUUCCCGCCUCCCCCGCAGGCGCCCAUCCGAGACCGCGCCCGGGGCGCCCCGCGCGCCGCCGUCGCCGCCGCCCGUGUUGGCCUCCCUCCCAACCCUCGCCUCACCCCGCCCCGACUCAGUUCCGACUCGGACGCGUCUUCUUCCACCUACAGCGAUCCACAGCUCGACACCGGAAGCCCCCCGCAGCUGCGCGGCCUUCGUCCCCCGCCUCCACGGCGCACAAGUGCUCGUGCUGCCCGGAUGCCACCCAUCCCGGCCUCGCCAACCGACGACAAUACAAAUGACGAAAACAAGCGAGAAGAAGACGGCAUCUCGCCUCUACUCUCCCGUGCGCCUCCGCUUCCCCUACCCUCGUCGGCCCCCCGCAACACCUCCUCUCCCCCUCCGGUGCUGAGGCCAGGAUCUCCACCGUCCCGCAACUCAGCGAUCGAGGACGCCAUACCGGACGAACACAAACGAAUCCCCAUCCAACUCCCCCGCUCACCCCUCUCUCCCCUCCGCGUCGGGUUCGAGGGACUGGGGAUCAUGUCGCGCAGCCUGACCAAAUCCUUCCGAUCCACCACCACCACCAACAACAACAACAAUAAGAAAAAGCCGGUUCCCCCGCCCAUCGUAGUUAUCCACCCGCCGGCGGCCGAAAAGAACACUGGUUUCAAGGAGGUGCUCAGUCCCGCGGUGCAGUCCGUGACAGCGACCAUCGUCGACAACAACAACAACAACAAUAGUGCCCCCCCGAGCCCGAGCCCUGUCACGCCGUCGGGAAAGAAACGGAGGACUGUGUGGGGUUUCAUUGAGGGGUGGUGGGACCUCGGGUUGCUCGAGCGGAUGGGGACUGUGAGGAGGAAGCAGAGGGUAAAGUAAAUUAAUGGAUUAAUACCAGGGACAGGGAACAGAGAGUUGGGAAUGCAGAUUGGAUCUAGUAGGGCAGACACUACUUACAAGGGGCUUUUGGAAAAGCAAAAGGAAAAGCUCUUGGCUUCAGCGUAAGCCGGUAAUACCUAUUGGGUUCGGUCGGUUGUUGGAUGGAGUUCGUCUCAUUUUGGGAACAAGAUUGUGUUGCCGGGAGGAACAAAACCUGGAUUGUUUGGCUAUUGCUUGUUAGCUUGUUCUGGUGAUAAGUACUGUAAUAAUGGGUAACUCAACUUAGAAGUGGCCAGCAUCUCACAGUA